AUGCCGCCAUCUAAGCUUCGUCUCUUUGGCAUUGAAGCCAAACAAAAUGACCAAGCUUCGUCUCUAACUUCUAACGAGCCAGCAGAUAAACCAUCAAAAGAAGGGAACAAUAUUGUUCACAAUAUCACGGUUGAUUCUCUAGUUGAAGAAAAAAAAAGUAAAUCUAAAACGAAGGAUGAAAAAGAGGAUAAUGUCAUUGAUCCCUAUUACUACAUCAAGGGUCUUAGUUAUGAAGGACGUACUGAGGAGGAGACUGAAGUUUUAAAAAAUCAAAUUAUAUUACCACAAACUACGGUUACAUACUUUACGUUAUUCAGAUAUGCCACCAAAUUCGAUUUGUUUCUUAUCUUCAUAUCAAUACUGGCCUCUAUUGCUUCUGGUGCAGCGCUUCCAUUAUUUACUUUAGUCAUGGGCCGUUUGACAAACGACUUUUCAACCUUUUUGACAACAAAUCAAGGUGCUGAUGCAUUCCAAAGUGCAGUCAACCAUAACACACUUUAUUUCGUUUACCUCGCUAUUGCAAUAAGUGUUCUUGAUGCUGUUCAGACAUUUGUUAUUGUUGAUCGCGGUGAUGUACUCACCGCACGAAUUCGUGAGCACUAUAUCCAAGCUAUAUUACGACAAAAUAUUGCAUAUUUUGACAAGGUUGGUCCUGGUGAGUUUACCAAUCGAAUUACUUCCGAUGUAAACCUUAUUCAAGAAGGUAUAUCUGAAAAACUAAACUUGAUUUUCAAUUGCUUUGCUACUUUUAUUGCCGCUAUAGUCAUUGGGCUUGCACGUUCAUGGCGCCUCACCCUUAUUUUAUUUUCUGUUGUUUUUGCAAUUUUUUUCUCCAUGGCCAUUGCUUCUAUGUUUAUUAUGAAGUACACUACUGCUGCUUUAGAUGCUUUUUCUAAAGCUUCAUCAAUUGCAGAAAGUAUUCUUAGUGCUAUCAGAACUGCAACAGCUUUUGGAAUUCAAUCACGGCUUAGGAAAAAAUAUGAUUACCAUGUUUAUAUUUCUUACACAAAGGCUGCAAAAUGUGGCAUGACUAUCGCCAUCAUGGUUGCGUUUUUGCUUCUUACAAUUUAUUGGUCAUAUGGUCUUGCGUUUUGGCAAGGCACUAGAUAUAUUGCAGAGGGGAAAAUGGAUGUUGGUGCUAUGAUUACUGUUGCAACUGCCAUCAUUAUUGGUGCAACAAGUCUUGGAAGUAUCGCCCCCGCAUUUCAAUCCGUGACAAAGUCUAUUGGUGCUGCUAAAAAAAUUUACGAAACAAUUGACCGUGUUCCAAUUAUUGAUUCUGCCUCCAGCGAAGGUGAGAUUCUUGAGACCUUUUCUGGUCGCAUUGAAUUUCAAAAUGUCAGAUUUGCGUACCCAUCUCGUCCAAAUAUUACUGUUUUAAAAGACUUUUCACUUACUGUUGAGCCUGGACAAACAGUUGCUCUUGUAGGAGCUUCGGGGUCAGGGAAAUCCACAAUUAUUGGUAUUAUUGAACGAUUUUAUUCUUAUCUUGGUGGAUCAGUUAAACUAGAUGGUGUGGAACUUUCUUCGUUUAAUGUUAAAUGGCUUCGAAGUCAGCUCUCUUUGGUUUCCCAAGAACCAACGCUAUUCAGUGUUUCCAUUUUUGAAAAUAUCUCCUAUGGAUUAAUUGGAACACCUUACGAGAAUGCCACUGAAGAAGACAAAUCAAAUCUAGUUAUAGAAGCUUGCAAGCAAGCUAACGCAUGGGAGUUUAUUCAGAAGCUUCCCAAUGGCCUUGAUACAAAUGUGGGACAACAGGGUGUUUUAUUGUCAGGAGGACAAAAGCAGCGUAUUGCCAUCGCGCGUGCUAUUGUUUCGCAACCUAAGAUUUUAUUGCUGGAUGAAGCGACAUCUGCUCUGGAUACCAAAUCAGAAAGUGUUGUUCAAGACGCUUUGGAUCGUGCGGCAGCUGACCGCACCACCAUUGUUAUUGCACACCGAUUGUCAACAAUUAAGGAAGCUGAUAAAAUUGUGGUUAUGUCUUCUGGUGACGUUAUUGAAACCGGGACUCACCAUGAAUUGCUGGAGAAAAAGGGUGCUUAUUAUAUGCUGGUAAAAGCCCAGGAAAUCAAGUCAGAUAAUGGACACCCAACAUCUCACUCUUCAGAUAAAAGCUAUAAGGAUGAAAAAGAGUACACAGAAACUAUUCAUCAAGAAAUUUCUAGAACUGAUACCUCAAAUACUCAAUCAAGAUCUGUAUCCAACGAAGCGCUUGAUGAUAUGGCAGAAAAGGGUCUUUUGAAGCAAAAAAAACGAUCUACUAUAUGGCUUGCUAUUUAUCUUACUAAAUUCACUACUGGAUACAAUAAACUUAUAAUUUUUGGCUCUUUUUGUGCUCUUUGCUGCGGCGCAGGAUUCCCCAUAAUGGGCUACAUUUAUGGUCAAAUUUUGAACAAUGUUAUGGUACCACCAAGCAAGUACAGUUACAUGAGUCAUAAAGUCGGCGUUCUUUCUGGGUAUUUUGUACUUCUAGGUGGGCUUGAGUUUUUCUGUUUUUGUGGUCUUUUGGGAACAUUUACCUACCAUACCAGCAUUCUAGUUAAACGCAUUCGAGAAUGUGUUCUUGGACACUAUCUGCGUAUGGAUAUUGCAUUUUUUGACGAAGAUUCUAACUCCAUUGGUGCAUUGAUUUCUACUUUGUCAAAGGAUUGUCAAAGCGUCGAAGGCCUUGGUGGUGUUACACUGGGUCAAAUCUUAAACAGUUUGGCAGUGGUUGUUGGUGGAAUCAUCAUGUCUAUUGUCAUUAAUUGGCGUCUUGGUUUAGUUUGCACCUCCUGUGUGCCUGUUCUUGUUGUUUGCGGGUUUUUGCGUGUUUAUGUCUUGCUAAAACUCGAAGAACGAGCUAAAAAGACCUAUGCCAACUCUGGCCAGUAUGCGUGUGAAAGUGUAGGUGCUAUUCGAACCGUUGCUUCAUUGACUAAGGAGAAAUUGGUGUGUCAAACGUAUUCUCAAACUGUGGAAGCUCAAGUUAAAGCCUCAAGAAUUCCCUUAUCACGCUCGGCAGUUUUUUACGGUUUGUCAAAGGGAUUGGUACCAUGCAUUAUGGGAUUGGGGUUUUGGUAUGGUUCGACACUGAUUCGCAAAGGUAUAAGUGAUGCUUAUAUGUUUUUCACAGCCUUUAUUGCUGUUGUUUUUGGUGCUCAAAAUGCCGGCGAGGUGUUUUCAUAUGCGCCCAGUAUGGGCAAAGCCAAGGAAGCGGCGCAAAACAUUGCCCGGAUUUUUGAUGUACAGCCCACGAUUGAUCCAACAUCUACAAAAGGUGAUGUUUUGGAAAAUGUUAUUGGUGAUGUUGAGUUUAGGGAUGUUCAUUUUAGAUACCCCACACGGCCUAAUGUGCCUGUAUUGCGCGGGAUAAACUUAACAGUGAAACAAGGGCAGUAUGUUGCAUUAGUUGGAACAUCUGGUUGUGGUAAGAGUACCACAAUUAGCUUGAUUGAACGGUUUUAUCAUCCACUGGCGGGUCAGGUGCUUCUUGAUGGAGUGGACGUAACGACACUUAACAUUGGCGAGUACCGCAAAGUUAUCGGGCUUGUUCAACAGGAACCUGUUUUGUUUGGAGGUACAAUCCGGGAUAAUAUUUUACUUGGGUUGUCAGAUGAUGAGGUGGAGACUGUUAAUGACGAGGUUAUUUACGAGGCUGCCAAAAAGGCAAAUAUACACGAGUUUAUUAUGGGGUUGCCUGAAGGGUACAAUACAGAUACAGGAACAAAGGGCACACUUUUGUCUGGUGGCCAGAAGCAGCGUAUUGCUAUUGCAAGAGCUUUGAUACGCAAUCCCAAGGUUUUGCUGUUGGAUGAAGCUACCUCUGCACUGGAUAGCGAGUCGGAAAAGGUGGUACAAGAAGCGCUGGAUUCUGCUGCUCGUGGUCGUACAACAGUGGCUGUGGCCCACCGAUUGUCUACGAUUCAAAAUGCAGAUGUAAUUUACUUGUUUGAUAAGGGUGUUGUUGCAGAGCAAGGUACCCAUUAUGAAUUGUUAGAGAAGAAGGGAUUGUAUUAUCAACUCGUCAAGAUGCAGGCAUUAGAGGAAACGUAA